CCUCUGAAAACCGAAUCUUCCAGAAGCAGUCAAAGAUCCGCAGUUUUAGUCCGAAAAUCGGCACGGCUGCACCGCCUUCCGGGUCGAACAAGGCUGUCGGGAUUUUGCUCCGUCGAGCUUCGUUUCAAUCGGCGGCUCUUCUACUCCGCCCAGCUGUAACUGCUUAUCGAGAUAAUUACAGCCAUAUCCUUAGUCACUGGACUUUGUUUAUGGAAGCAUGGCAUCUGUAGCAUGCUCUUCAAUUACUAGAUUGGUAUUUACUCCUCCCCACGUGCGACAUAAACACCAGAAUUUUGUGAAGUUCAACAGUAUAGUCAAUGGAGGAGCCUUUACUGGGAUGCGCAUUAAACGGCUGCCUGUUUGCUGCUCAAAUCCUUCUCCAUGGGAACCUGCACCUAUCACGUAUGCUCUUAAAGAUGAUACUGAAACUAAAUUCCUGCAGGGAACCGGCAAUUUAUUUGACACUGUGAUUUCCAAUGAAACAGAAGAAGCCUCAUUAACCAAUACCAAUGAGGUUACAGAUGUGAAUAGCAAGCCAGUUGUGAAGUUCCAGUACAUUAGAUGGCUUAUGUGGCUAAUUGGUCCUGCCCUACUUUUAGCCACAGGCAUGGUACCCACUUUAUGGCUACCCAUUUCAUCAGUUUUCCUUGGUCCCAACAUAGCCAGCCUCCUUUCUUUGACGGGGCUUGACUGCAUUUACAAUCUUGGAGCUCACCUCUUUCUCCUACUUGCUGAUUCAUGUGCUCGACGACAAAAUCCACCUCAAGAUUGCAGCAACAAGCCUCCUUUAACUUAUUGCUUCUGGAACAUGGUUGCAAAUGCCGUGGGCUUUAUAAUCCCCCUGGCAGUUAUGUUCGGCUCUCAAAAGGGUGUCGUUCAGCCUCAUCUGCCAUUCAUUCCUUCUGCAGUUCUCUUGGGUCCCUAUCUCCUGCUUCUGUCAAUUCAGAUACUCACAGAGCUACUGACAUGGCAUUGGCAGUCCCCGGUAUGGUUGGUGACGCCUGUCGUCUAUGAAGGCUACCGUUUGUUGCAGUUGAUGCGGGGUCUGAAGCUCGGUGCAGAGCUGAGCGUGCCAUCAUGGAUGCUGCAUACAAUUAGGGGUCUGGUGUGUUGGUGGGUACUGAUCCUCGGCGUUCAGCUCAUGGCAAUCGCUUGGUAUGCCGGUUUCACUGCUAGAGCCAAUCAACAAAAGUCGCACAGCCUACCCGAUGGCAACCAGCCUUGAUUGAUGGAAUUAAACUCUGUUACAGGUCUUGUAUGGUGACAUGUGAAUGUAAAGAUCAGUUGAUAUAGGUUCUAUAUAUACACCAUUUUACAAGAUGUUUUCUGCUCCUGCUUUUGAGGAAUACAUAUACUAAAGUGAUUUGUUUCUUAUAAACGCACUGUGUUCAGUCAUCAGGCUGUCAUUUAUAUUUUUACAGUGAAGUAGUAAAGAUGGUUCCAAGUUCGAACUUUAUGAAAGAAGUUGCAGGUAGAUUCAAUUGUUCA